AUGGCCGAAGGGAUUGACACUUUGAAAUUCCUGUACUCGCGUUCGUGGAAGUCGUUUUCCGACGGCCCUUCUUCGAACACAGCGUGUGGGUCUCGUCAUAUUUCUCGACGAGACCCUGACCAUCAACAAUCAGCUGGGCACGAGGCUCCUAGCUGUCCCAAGCCGGUGGUAUCCACGCCAGCGGACGAGAAUACACGAAAGGAUGUGGUGGCGGCGGGAACACCUGAUCCGGCUCGAGGGUCAGAUCAGCUUGAUGUUCAGGAACCGAACCGUAUAACGGAACAGUUACACGAUGACUUGGCUCAUGAACGAACUCGGUACUAUGAGGUCCAUGACCUUGUAAAUGAAAAUUACAAUUCCUCAGCGCACGAUCGUUCGAAAGAUCCUGCCGCGUUUGCGUUCGCGCAACUUGAUAACGAACGUUCGGCUCGUUCUCUUCGUGACGAGGUGACUGCAGCUCGUCAGGAAAUUGCUCAACUGCGUGUGCAGGUCGCUUCACUAGUCGACCAGACUGGAUCAUUGAAACGGGACCACUCGAAGGUGGUCUCGGCUCUCGACCGCGGAGAUUCUUCGCCUCUCGAAACGGGCUUUUACUGA